AUGGGCGACCGGCCCGGGGAGAGGGGCAAGGUGGUGGACUCGGAAGCGAGGCUGGAGCGCUGGGUGCAGGACGAGUUGCACUCGGUGUUGGGGCUGAGCGAGCCGCACUUCGCCCUGUUCCUGAUGGGCACCGCGCAGCCUUGCAGCUCGGCCCAAGAGUUCCUAAAGCGUCUGCGGGACACCGAUGCCCUGGACCUUAGCGGGCGCCGCGACUUCGCCCAGAGACUCUGGCCCAAGGUGCCUCGGAAGGCGGUGGUGGGAAGGCCAGCUCGGGCAGCCCAGCCAGAGGCCCGCGCCCUGCCGGAGAAGAACCGAUCCCAUAAGUUGCUGGAGGACAGCGAGGACAGCAGUGAGGAGAGCGAGGGUAGGGCUGGGAGCAGUCUCCAGAAGACACGUAAGCAACCAGAACACCUCAGGAAGAAGAGACUCCGGGAGGAGGAGGAGGCAGAGGUUCCUGAGAACGGGCAGAAGAAGAAGAAAACAGAAAAGCAAGCGUCGGAGGAUGAAUGGGAGCGCACAGGGCGCGAGCGCCUUCAGGACCUGGAGCAGCGCGAUGCCCUCGCGGAGCGGGUCCGGCGGCGGGACAGGGGUGGCGCUCGCAGUGUCCUGGAGCGGCCGGACAGGAAGGCUGCUGAAGAGGCCCAGAAGCGCCGGAUGGCUGCGGGCGACCGCAAAGCCGUGGUCCCCGAGCUGCGGAAGAAGUCCGGGCGAGAGUACCUGGCCAAGCGAGAGCGAGAGAAACUGGAAGACCUGGAGGCCGAGCUGGCGGAUGAGGCGCUCCUCUUUGGGGACAUGGAGCUGAGCCAAAGCGAGCGGCGGGAGCUCAGAUACAAGCGGCGAGUGCGCGAUCUGGCCCGGGGGUACCGGGCGGCCGGCGAGCAGGAGAAGCUGGAGGCCACCAAGCGCUACCGCAUGCCCGAGGAGGCCCGAGUACCGCCAGCGCCAGCUGUGGAUCUGGGGGAGGAGGAAUCGGGCGCCCCUGGGGAGGAGCAGCGGCGCUGGGAGGAGGCCCGGCUGCGGGCCGCCGCCCUGAAAUUCGGGGCCCCAGACGCUGCCGGCCAGGAGCCCAAGUAUCAGCUGGGGUUCGAGGAAGAGGACACCAUCGAGUUUGUCCGGACCGCUCAGCUGCAGGGCGCGGAGGAGCCCUCAGCUCCGCCCGCUUCCACCCAGGCCCCGCAGGAGGAGUGCAUGCAGGCCGUCCGCCGCAGCCUCCCCGUGUUCCCCUUGCGCCAGGAGCUCCUGGCUGCCAUCGCUAGCCACCAGGUCCUCAUCAUGGAGGGCGAGACGGGCUCGGGCAAGACCACCCAGAUCCCGCAGUACCUCUGGGAGGAGGGCUAUGCCAAGAAGGGCCUGAAGAUUGCCUGCACUCAGCCCAGGAGAGUGGCCGCCAUGAGUGUGGCCGCCCGAGUCGCCCGCGAGAUGGGCGUGAAGCUGGGGGACGAGGUGGGCUACAGCAUCCGCUUUGAGGACUGCACGUCCGAGCGAACAGGCCUGUGCUACCUGACCGACGGCAUGCUGCUCCGCGAGCUCCUCUCUGAGCCCGACCUGGCGAGCUACGGUGUGGUGUUGGUGGACGAGGCUCACGAGCGGACCUUGCACACGGACCUCUUCGGGCUGAUCAAAGACGUGGCUCGCUUCCGACCCGAGCUCAAGGUCCUGGUGGCUUCGGCCACACUGGACACGGCCGGCUUUUCCGACUUCUUCGACGACGCCCCCGUCUUCCGAAUCCCUGGGCGCAGGUUCCCAGUCGACAUCUUCUACACCAAGGCUGCGGAGGCCGACUACCUGGAGGCCUGCGUCGUGUCUGUGCUGCAGAUCCACGUGGCCCAGCCCCCGGGGGACGUCCUGGUGUUCCUGACGGGACAGGAGGACAUCGAGGCUGCCUGCGAGAUGCUCCGGGAGCGCUGCCGCCGCCUGGGCUCCAAAGGAGAGCUGCUGGUGCUGCCCAUCUACGCCAACCUGCCCUCCGAUGUGCAGGCCCGCGUCUUCCAGCCCACGCCCCCCAGGGCACGCAAGGUGGUCGUGGCCACCAACAUCGCCGAGACUUCCCUCACCAUCGAGGGCAUCGUUUACGUGCUGGACACAGGCUUCUGCAAGCAGAAGAGCUACAACCCCCGCACGGGCAUGGAGUCGCUCACGGUCACGCCCUGCAGCAAGGCCUCGGCCAAUCAGCGAGCCGGGCGGGCAAGCCGUGUGGCUGCGGGCAAGUGCUUCUGCCUGUACACCGCCUGGGCCUAGCAGCACGAGCUGGAGGACACCAAGGUGCCCGAGAUCCAGAGGACCAGCCUGGGCAACGUGGUGUUGCUGCUCAAGAGCUUGGGGAUCCACGACCUCCUGCACUUUGACUUCUUGGACCCCCCGCCCUGUGAGACCCUGAUGCUGGCUUUGGAGCAGCUCUAUGCUCUGGGAGCCCUCAACCACCUCGGGGAGCUCACCACGACCGGUCGAAAGUUGGCCGAGCUGCCGCUGGACCCCAUGCUGUCCAAGAUGAUCCUGGCCUCUGAGAAGUACAGCUGCUCAGAGGAGAUCCUGACAGUGGCCGCCAUGCUGUCCGGGCGACCCAAGGACAAGGUCGUCCACGCCGACAACGCCCGGGUCAACUUCUUCCUCCCGGGUGGGGACCACCUGGUUCUGCUAAACGUGUACACUCAGCGGGCCCAGAUCGGCUACUCUUCUCAGUGGUGCUAUGAGAACUUCGUCCAGUUCAGGUCCAUGCGCCGAGCCGGGGAUGUGCGGGACCAGCUGGAGGGGCUCUUGGAGCGGGUGGAAGUUGGUCUCAGUUCCUGCCAGGGGGACUCUCUCCGUGUCGGCAAGGCCAUCACUGCCGGCUACUUUUACCACACAGCACGGCUGCCUGGCAGCGGCUACCGCACUGUGAAAAAGCAGCAGACAGUGUUCAUUCACCCCGGCUCCUCCCUGUUUGAGGAACAUCCUCGCUGGCUGCUCUACCACGAACUGGUCUUCACCACCAAGGAGUUCAUGAGACAGGUUCUGGAGAUCGAGAGCGGUUGGCUUCUGGAGGUGGCACCCCACUAUUAUAAGGCUAAGGAACUAGAAGAUCCUUGUGCCAAGAAAAUGCCCAAGAAAACAGGCAAGAGGGGGGAAGAGCUAGCAGUUACCAGCUCUGUACUGUAG